AGGAAAAGAUAUCGAACAACUUUUACCAGUCAACAGUUGGAAGAACUAGAAAGAGCAUUUGAACUGGCGCCUUAUCCCGAUGUAUUUACUCGCGAAGAUUUAGCAACUAAAAUUUCCUUAACUGAAGCACGCGUCCAGGUUUGGUUCCAAAAUAGGCGUGCCAAAUGGAGAAAAAAAGAA